GGAGCCCAGCUUUGAUUUGCGCCACCGUUUUCCCCGCACGCCUCCCCCUGACUGCCGCUGCGCGUCGCUCUUGCCCCGCAUUGAUUAUUGAUCGUUGCCCCUCAGGCCUCGUUAUGAUUUGCGCCGCCAUUUGCCUCGCCCUGGCCGCCGCUGCUGCUCGUUGCUCUCUGCCCCGCACUGACUGGUGCGCGUUGCCCCGCACGCCUCGCUCUGACCCGCACUGCUCGCUCACAGCUAUGGACGCGGCUCGGCAGUGAGGUGAGGUGAGGUGGCCGGCGAGCCCGAAGGAAGAGUCCGCCAGAUGCCACAUCGCACUGGGCCGCCUGACAUGGAAGCGGCGUUGUUGAUCUCUUCCUGAGGGGCGUGAGUGAUGGCGGGGCUCAUCAAGAAGCAGAUCCUGAAGCACUUGUCCAGGUUUACCAAGAAUCUUUCACCAGAUAAGAUUAAUUUGAGUACUUUGAAAGGUGAAGGUCACUUGACCAACUUGGAGCUCGAUGAAGAGGUAUUGCAAAAUAUGCUGGAUUUGCCAACAUGGUUGGCUAUCACCAGAGUGUUCUGCAACAAGGCUGCAAUUCGGAUACAUUGGACUAAACUGAAGACUCAUCCACUAUGCCUGUCCCUGGAUAAGGUAGAAAUGGAGAUGAGAACUUGUGAGGAGCCUCGCCCUCCAAAUGGCCCUUCUCCUAUUGCAACAGCUUCAGGACAAAGUGAGUAUGGCUUUGCUGAAAAAGUUGUCGAGGGAAUCUCUCUUUCGGUGAAUUCCAUCAUUAUUAAAAUCAAGGCAAAAGCUUUCAAUGCAUCUUUUGAGUUGUCCCAGCUGCAAAUAUAUAGUGUAAAUACAAGUUGGCAACAAAGUGAUCUGCGGUUCACCCGAAUACAAGAUCCUCAACGUGGCGAGGUUCUGACAUUCAAGGAGAUUACGUGGCAGAUGAUCCGAAUAGAGGCAGAUGCAAUCCAGAAUGAGGAACACGAUAUCCUCAGUGCACCAGUGCGGCUUAUCACAAACCAGUCCAAGCUGAAAGUCAGCUUGAAGCGAAGGUUAAAAGAUUGCAAUGUGGUGGCAUCAAAGCUGGUGCUUCUAUUGGAUGACUUGUUGUGGGUUUUGACCGACUCCCAGUUGAAAGCAAUGGCACAGUAUUCAAAGUCUCUGAGUGAAGUCAUAGAAAAAUCUGCGCAGCAAAGGAAGAGCAUGGCUUCUGCACCAACCCAGAGUGCAACUCCAGUUCCUGUUUCCCAACAGGUUAGAACUCCGCAAACUAUAGCAGCAGCUGAUCAGAAUGAUGCUCUUGCCAAACUUUUUCAUGCUUUUGAUGUAAAGGAAACGUCUCAUCAUUUAAUAAUUUCUCAUUUGGAUUUGCACGUUUGUGAUGACAUUCAUGUGAAGGAAAGAGGUUUUCCAAAAGAGAGCAAAGGAGGAGCCAUGCAACUCUCCUUUACACAGAUUACAGUGGAUUACUAUCCCUAUCACAGAGCAGGAGACAGCUGUCAGCACUGGAUGUACUAUAAUGAGGCUACAAAAACAAGAUCGAGUUGGACAAAAGAGUUACUAAAAGAAUUCAAGUCGAAUGUUGAUAUGCUGAAACAAGCGGUGAUGGACUAUAAUAAAAGUAAACCUCCGUCACCUUCACCUAAUGGUUCACCGCCACACGUGUUAAUAGAGACCACACUCAGACAUAAACCUGUAACUACAGGGAAGGAGCAGAUGUCAAAAGGAACAAGUUCUGCUAAUAUUUCAGCUUCAACAAGUCUGCAGCCAAGAACAAAGCUAUUAUCUAGUUGUUUUGUUAUUAGAGUGGAGGAUCUAAAUAUUUAUCAGGUUUCUACAGCAGAUCAGCGAAGAGAUUCUCCCAAAGCUAUGAUCUGUUGCAAUAAGAAGUCAUUAUAUCUUCCAUCCGAAAUGGCAGCUAUUCACAUUGAAUUCACUGAAUAUUAUUUCCCAGAUGGAAAAGACUUUCCUAUUCCUUGCCCUAAUCUUUACAUACAGCUGAAUGCACUACAGUUGACACUAGAUCCCAGGAGCAUGCUGUGGUUGAACCAAUUUAUACUUGAUCUGCGACAGAGUCUGGAGCAGUUCACAGCUAUCUAUAAGCUUGAUAGUGGGAAAGAGGAUGAACAUGUGGACAUACGAGUUGAUGGAUUGAUGCUCAAGUUUAUUGUUCCAAUUGAUAUGGGACCGAAUGGGCAUCAAGACCAUCCACAAUCGAUUUCUAUUCAGACUGCUGAAAUUAUUGCUACAAAUACGAGACUCUCACCACACUGUACGCGGGCAGACCUGGAAGCCAUACUGCAACAGUUCAAAGAUGAAAACCUUUUUAGCAAAACAUUCACAACCUUUCCCAAAACAACAGAAAAUUUCAAUAUAUUGCAUCCAGUAUUUCAAAGACAUGCCCAUGAACAGGAUACCAAACUGCACGAUAUUUAUAAGGGCUUAGUUACUCCAAAGUUGAGUACAAAUGCAUUGAAAACAUUUGCUGCUACAGAUGUGUGGGCUGUGCACUUUUCACAAUUUUGGGUUGACUAUGAAGGAAUGAAGAGUGGAAAAGGAAGACCUGUGGGAUUUGUGGAUUCUUUCCCACUUUCAAUCUGGGUUUCUCAACCCAUUAGAUUUGCAAAAUCGCAAUUAACUGUUCCAUCUUCCAGGCAGUCUGCCCCUCAAAUUCGCAAAAGUGAAUCCAGUGAUUUUAGCGUUCGUUUGCAUCACAAAAAGCUUUUGAGAGAUUAUUAUAGUACAGAAUCUGAGCCGUUCACUAAUGGAUUGAGUAAAUCAAAUUCUUUAGAUGCUCUUACUAAACCUCUGAAAUCCUUGCAGUCAUCCGAUGCAGAUACGCAUGUUCUUAUACAUGUUCAAAAGCAUGUGAGCAUGCAGAUUAAUCAUUAUCAGUACUGUUUCUUGCUCCGUCUUCAGCAGUCAAUGAAAAGGCUUCAGGAAAAACUUCAGAAGAAUAUAGAGAAGAUAACUGGAAAGGCAGCAGCAGAAACCAAAAUUUGUGUUGGAUUGUUGUUAAAAAGUGCUGAAGUUGCUUUAUUGCUUCGUCCACAGCCCAAGGCAGAAUCAAACAAAAAUAUUUCGUCUGAAAAUACAAGUCCUGCAGGAUCUGACCUUUCGCCGUCUCAAAGCAGAGAAACUCUGGUGGCUGAAAAUGAAGGAGAAGAUGAUUCAAGUAUUGAUCAUGUCCCCCAGACAAAACUUAAUGAAUCAGGAAAUGCUCAAGCUGAAAAUACACACAUUAGUACUGUCAGGCCAAUAGACUCUUUACUUUCUAAAUCAUAUAGUGACUCAGCUUUGAUGAAAGGAAUUAUCUCACUGUCUCCUUUUGAUGCUACUGUUAGUCAAUUUCCAGUAUCUCUGGAUGUCUCUGGGGAUAUUAACAGAACUUUUUUGGAAAAUAAAAGUCGGAGCAAUGAAUCCACAAAGUUAUCAAAUAUUGAAGCACUCUGUGUUUCUCAAAGUAUGGGCCCAUUGGAUGUUUGCACAAUAAACACAAAUGAAUGUAAUAUUCUUCCUUUGAAGAAGGGGAACUGCCAAGAAGAAAUAUCCAGUUCAUUGGAAAACAAAAGAAAUCUAGCUGUAAAUUCAGUAAAUGAUUUAACUGAUCGCGACCAGGAGAAUCCAAUGCAAAACUUAGAUUAUAGUAAAGAAACACAAACUUCAACGAAGCCGGUGUUACCUGCAUCAUUACCAAGUGACAAAUUGAAGGAUCGUGCAGAACCCUCCUUGUCUAACUGUGCAGUAGCAUAUAAAAAUGUGAGGAGAAGUCCAUCGCAAAUUUCGCUGGACACCAUAUCAAUUGACAGCAGUCUUCUGGAAGAACAGUUCUUAGACAGUGAUGGAAGUGAAAGCCUACUUUUAUUGGUGACGGAUGCUUGUAUUGAUGAUGCCUCGGUCAUUAGUCUUAAAGAAGCUUCCAUUGAUCAGAGUCCAGCGGAAAGUGCUAAUGAAGCAUUUGGGACUGAGGGUUGUGGCAGAAUAUCGCCAGAUGUCUGCAGCACUGCAUCUCAUAGUGUGGAACAGACCCCUGGAGAUUUGGUGUCAGUCUUGGUUUUCAAUGUCUUUGGUGUAAACUGUGCAAUUGAUGUGAAGGGCGAGGAUACAACAGUGUCUUUCCAGAUAAAUCAAGUGCUACCAAAGCAACAUGGAAACAUCAGUGUUCGGCAAUACCUUAGCAACCGUAGUCUGGAUCGACACCAGUCUUCAAUGACGCAAGAAUGCAAGAAAGAAUUGCCUGAAGUGAGUUUACGGCUCGAGAGUGGGCCUAGUGCUGGUGUCCAUUCACCACUUGCAGCCCAGAAUGGAUUCUUGCAAUGCAUGAUUAAGAACUUCAACUCAGAGUUCCUGGUAUCUUCCCUCACAAAUUUAGGAGUAUUUUUGGAAGAUGACGUACCUGCUGACAUAAUCCCCAUGAAGAUUGAAAUCAUGGGCACUAGGAUAAACCUGAAGGAUGACAAUCCAUGUCGUGAUCAAUCUGCCCAUGAUCCACUGCCGGUGGAGCUGUUUAUCGAUCAACAGAUUGUGAGCAGAAAUGAUGAUGGAAGAUUUUGCAUUGGAGGUGCCCAGUUUUCUAGUCAAAAGCUACCAAAUAGUGAAAUUACAAAACAAACAGUAUUAUCAUGCUUAAAAUGUGAUGAAUCAAAGGAAGUCCGAGGUGUGUCACAAUCUACUCAAACAGUUCCAAAAGAUCAAACUGCAGCUGGGCAAUCAGAUGUCGGAGUCAACAAUUCGGCCGUUGGGUGUUCAGUUAACACAGAAAAGUUACUUUUGGAAGAAAAUGAAUGUCUAAAACAGGAACUAGCCAAAACUAAAUUGGCUCUUGCUGAGGCCCAGAUGGAAAAAGACGACUUGCUGCAACAAAUCAGGAGGGUUAACUGACCUCCAGUCACAGCCAGACAUUGCUCUUUGAAGACAGCAGUGAAGCAGGAGUUUCUUGAAGCUGGGGAACAGCUAUCGCAGCAAACUAUCGAUUGGUUUAAAAAUAAUUAACUUUAGAGUCUUCUUGCUGAGCAUUGAACAAACCUUAUUAGGAGAAGCCUAAUUUGUCUGCUGCAGACAAACUUUUAAAUGUGAAAAAGAACUACAGGUCUGUUUGAUCUCAUUCAAACAAAUAAAUAUAACUAUAACAUAAUUGUUGGGCUGCAUAGGUUAUGCACCAUGUGUUAAUGGUGUUGAUAUUCACUACAAUCUAGAAGCAACGCUGUAAUUAAAAGGGAUUUGAAAUGAAGUUUGAAAUAAAAUAUUGUGGGUAAGUAAUUUCUUUCAUACAAUUGACCUGAGUUUUAUUAAACCAUCAUGAAUUGGUUCUGUAAAAUAAAUUCCAGAGGAGAAGAGUCUGAAUUUGCACUGUAAUUAAUUAACAUGUAUUUGGUUUUUUUCUGUGUAAAAUCUGUGAUAUAGAAUUUGUACAGCAUAACAUUAAGUGUGUGUGCUAAAUGCAUUUAUGGAAGACAUCACUGUUGCUCAACUUGGUGCCUCGAGAAAAUCCAUCUGAUUAGAUGAUUACCAGUAAGGAUAGAUUUAAGAAAAAGUGAUGAACAUCUUUACAUGGUAUUAUUACAUUCUUUCAUAAAUAAUUGUACUAAAAUUGUACUCUAAAUAAAGUAUUGAUAAAUGA